CCUUCUCACCUGGGCAGGCAUCCGGGAGAAUAAACAAGGAGCAGCCAUGGAGAAGAGCUAUAUGUCGGUGUUCCUGCUGCUUGUCGCCCUCUCUUGUGCUCUGGCUAAGGAUGCACCCAAGAAGGAGACCAAAGAGACCAAGGAGACCAAGGAGACCAAGGAGACUAAGCCAAAACUGCCACAAACACUCUCCAGAGGCUGGGGAGACCAGCUCACCUGGACGCAGACCUACGAGGAAGCCCUCUUCCGCUCCAAGACCAGCAAUAAGCCCCUGAUGAUUAUCCACCACUUGGAUGACUGCCCACACAGUCAAGCACUGAAGAAGGCCUUUGCUGAAAAUAAAGAGAUACAGAAAAUGGCUGAAAAGUUUAUUCUCCUGAAUCUUGUGUAUGAAACAACAGACAAGAAUCUCGCACCCGACGGUCAGUAUGUCCCUAGGAUUUUGUUCAUAGAUCCCACCCUGACUGUGAGAGCAGAUAUUACUGGAAGAUACUCAAACCGUCUCUAUGCAUAUGAGCCCUCUGAUAUUUCUUUGUUGUACUCAAAUAUGCAGAAAGCUCUGAAGAUCCUGAAAACUGAACUGUAA